GAUAAACAAGUCCCGGAGCACUACUUAUCCAAUCCGAGAGGAGUUUGUUACAAGUUGAUGCCCAUGCUGUGUAGAAGAAGAAAAAAAAACAUCAUGCGUUUUAACGUCGGCUCGGGUGGAGGUCAUAGACAGAACUGACAAAACAGUAGGGCUACAGACAUGGCGAAACUAUUUGAAUCCAUCGGGAAGUUGGGGCUGGCCCUCGCCGUUGGUGGAGGUGUUGUGAACUCGGCCCUCUUCAAUGUUGACGCAGGUCAUCGGGCAGUUAUAUUUGACAGGUUCCGGGGAGUGCAAGAUGCUGUAGUUGGUGAGGGAACCCACUUCCUCAUUCCCUGGGUACAGAAGCCUAUCAUCUUUGACUGCCGUUCACGUCCGCGCAACGUGCCUGUCAUCACAGGCAGCAAAGAUCUGCAGAAUGUGAACAUCACACUGCGUAUCCUCUUCCGGCCGGUGACUAGCCAGCUCCCACGCAUCUUCACCAGCAUCGGAGAAGACUACGACGAGAGGGUACUGCCAUCCAUCACCACAGAGGUCCUCAAGUCCGUGGUGGCCCGGUUUGAUGCCGGUGAGCUCAUCACCCAGAGAGAGCUGGUGUCCCGGCAGGUCAGUGACGACCUGACAGAAAGAGCCAACACCUUCGGCCUCAUCCUGGAUGACGUCUCACUGACACACUUGACGUUCGGUAAGGAGUUCACAGAGGCUGUUGAGAUGAAGCAGGUGGCUCAGCAGGAGGCUGAGAGGGCCAGGUUUGUCGUGGAGAAGGCCGAGCAACAGAAACAGGCAGCCAUCAUCUCAGCAGAGGGUGACUCCCAGGCCGCCCUGCUCAUUGCUAACUCUCUGCAGGAGGCUGGAGAUGGCCUGGUAGAGCUGCGUAAGCUGGAGGCUGCCGAGGACAUCGCCUUCCAGCUAUCCCGCUCCCGCAACGUCACCUACCUGCCUGCCGGCCAGGGCACACUCCUGCAGCUGCCCCAGUGAGACCCACACACCCUGACCUAACCGCCCCUCCCUGUGACCAGCAAAUGCAUGGGCCGUGGAGGGGAUGUGGGGGCGAGGGGAAUGGGCUUCCACCUUUACACACUCUCCUCCCACUAACUAUGGACUGGUGAAAUAAUUUCAGCUUCGGAGUGUGGUAAAGUUCUGAUGUUUGGUCAGUGUGUGGGGGAGGAGGGAGCCUGGGGCUUGAUCUAUGGUAAACUACAUAUAGUAAGUUCUGUCAAAAAAGCUAAAUUGGUGAUGCAGUAAAUUAUCUUGGAUUUGUCUAGCAAAUUCAGCGCAGUGACAGAGGGGCCUGUGAUAUGACGACGUUGUAAUUGUUAAUUUAGGGAAAGAGCUGUUUGGAAUAUCAUGAGAGAGAUGGAACAUUUUAGCCCUAUUGUAACCACCACAGCAAUCACAAUACUGGGGAUUUAUUGAUCUGAGAGGACACGCUAUUUAAUCAACUGGAUUUACAUUCAUCUCAGCCAAUCAAACAUCCAAAGCACCCUUGUUUUCCCACUCAUAACUUUAAAUGACCUACAAACAAAUGAUCUGAACUAGUCUAUCAGAGCCAUAUAUUGUAAAUAUGACUCUGAAUUUACCCAUCCCUUUGACUGUCUAUUGUGUAGAGAUGGCCUGUCAAAUGUCCCCUCACAAGCUAGCUUUCCUAAAAUCCUCCCAGUUUGAUUGCCAUGGCAUCCCAGUGCUGCACUCCCCUCUACUUGAUUGGAUUCUCUACCGAAUCAUCUUUGGUUUACCAGCACGCUGUCCACACCACCUCAUCCAUGGUCCUCAGUGACAUGGCCCUCCUAGCCCAGUGGUAUGAAACGUGCCUGUAAGAUGGUCAAGGGUUGCAUCCUUCCCUCGUUCUUUUAAAGUAUGUAGUGUCUUUAUUUUGGAGGGAGGAUAUGCAAAGCCACCGCAUUCCACUCAAUGUCUCAACUUAACAAUAAAAUUCUUAUUUCUAUAGCAAAGUGACAGUU